AUGUCUACAUCUCGUAGCCAUGACGGAUCCACAAGGGGCCGUAAGCAAAGCGGCGAUGGUAACCAAAUACCCUCGCCUCCAGUCAAGCAGGUUCUGCCCUGGGAACGUAUGCGCAAGACCCAUGAAACGGGGCCUGCAACAUUUGAGUUUUGGGGUCGACCUGGCACGAGCAGUUCAACCUUGCAGGCCGUGCAGUCUCCGACGAAGAUAUCGUCACCUCUGCAUGGACAGGGCUUGGAGACUCCCUCGUCAGAUAAAGUGACUAUUGUGUCACCUCCUGUGGCUGAUCAAAUGGUCGACUUGCCGGGCGAGCAAGAAAGCGAUGAUUUCCCCAUGGCCAUGGAACUGGAUGAUUUUUCGGUGCCGCCGCCUGCAGAAGUCACUCUCCCUCGAUACGAGAGUAACAUGAGCGUGCAGGAUUAUGCCGACCGCUGCCUUCCUGCUCUACUCCAGGCAAUGAACCUGCCAGCUGCGUCCGUACAGCAGUCUUCUUCAAUGGCGAGAAAGCUAGCAGAGCUGGUGCAACUAGCACUGUCUCCAACCUCUGGUGCGACAUCCGAGCCUGCCGGCCACGGUACGAAAGGAGAUCCCAUUGACGUGGAGUCGCAUGUUCCCGACACUGCCAAAGCGGAGAGAGAAGCUGUAGAGGAUUCCCAGGAAGCCAUGGAAAUGGCCAAAAGUGCAGCGAGCUCACCAACUGCAGCUGCUAUCUCUCAAAUCCAGAGGUUAGUUGGUGGGUGCACUGACUCCAUCAAAUUGAAGGUGUACCCGGAGCAAUAUCAGUUUACCACAAUCUCAGAGGACAGCUUCAUCGCCCCUGAAACCGCAGUGUACAUGAGGCACGUUCGGCGCCUGGCAAGUGGCCGUCAACUGUGCGACUCGAUCCUCCAUGCCAUCUCUCGUAUGAAGGCUCCGUUUCGCAACGUAUUUACCGACACGCUUGGGUGGACAGUGUACGACAACCGGGUGCUGUUUCCGAUGAGCUCCAGCGAAUAUUUCCGACAUCAGCCGCUGAACAAAGACGGUUCAUCUGAUGCAGAGCAGUAUCUCAUGUUCCUGUUCGAUCCUACUGUCACGCUGUUGAUCUGGAUCCUUGGCUACAGAAACCACUGGGUUACCUGCACUGCCACACCAGACGGCCGCGUCUUGAUUUACGAUUCUGCGGGAUACAAACCUGACGUCGCUGAGAGGCGGGCCUUGCAUCAGAUCACAGCCAUGACUUCUAGUCCGCACAUCCAGGAACAGUGGCAGAACCAUCAAUGGACGGUACAGUUUGGACCUUGUCCAACACAGCGAAACGGCAGCGACUGCGGUAUUUUCGCCCUUGAAUGCGCCCUCGAGUUGUUUCACCAUGGAAGAAUCACCACCACAGGCGCCACGCGAGACUGCGAAGCAAUCCGGAUGAGUUACAUUCAACUGGUUCAAGAUGGCGUGCAGGCCGCAAUCGACCAGGACUUGUUUGCUCCAAACCUGGCCAGUGUUGGCCAAGACAACGGCGCCUUCGAUGAUAGCUCCGACGAGUAUCAAGGCUCCUCCGACGGCGACGACAACGACUGUGACUUCAUGGAUGUCGAUGAUGUCGGCGACGACUCUAAUUCCAAUGAAUUCGAUAGUGUCGGCGACUGCGACGUGAAGUCUACUGUACGACCCAUCGAUUGGAUGGCCAAACUGCCCAUAGCUACUGAAUUGGAUGUGGAACAAGCCAAACGGCAAAAAACGUUGUGGACGACCAAGUAUGGACCCUCUAGAUCUCAGACUACAUGCAUCUGGAAUCAGCCUAGACGAACAAUAAAUCAGGUGGUUAUCUCCUACUUGCUCACAUGCCCUAACGGAAGGGCCCCUUACAGUAAAAUCAGGGAAGUACUGGAAAACACGAUAGACACCCGUAGGAGAUUAUCAGAAACGAAAGGUAGCGGCUUUAAAUCCGUCUUUUUAUCUGGAAUCAAGUGGACAGAGUUGACAGGGAAAUACCACAGGAGUUCUGCUGAGCCAAUACCGUUAAUGAUUGUAAGCGCGAAAGGUGAGCAACAACCAUUACAAAGGACUUUGGUAAUUGUACAGAUAAGGGCCAGUUCCAAUCCUGAUCAUGAAAAGGCCAUGCAUUUACUGGAGCGGGGGCGUCAACUUCUCGAGGCCUUCAACGACCGCGUCCCAAUUCCUACGGGUGUAACUUCACAUCCUUACACGGCAGCUGACCUCGACAAUUUCUACCCUCGCGAGCACGGCCAUAUAAUCCAUCACAUGUGGGGUAUUUCAAGCAACGACUUCCUACUUGUGGAGCAACACAAAGCUUUACAUUCACGUGUCAUGGAUCAUUUCCACCAACUCGGGAUACCACUUCACGUCAUAGUUGUGGGUACGGGUGCAGAUGGGCUCAGUACUAACAACCAGUCAUGGAAGAAACUAUCAGAGCGCUGGCCAGGAUUCUCAAUCGAUGUCUGUUUAUUGAUUCCAAGGCCCUCUGCGGUCUUGGAUUACCUACCAGCCCUCGCAUCUUGCGCGGAUUCUUCUCUAGCAACAAUCUAUGCAAGUAUUCAAAGCCUGUGUACAGCUUUCGAAGCUAUACCAAAACGUCAGGUCGAUGACGGUCCAGACAUGUUCCUUGCAGACCGCAGCGCUGCAAGAGACCUCUCGCUUGCUGAAGCUCUUGUACGUCUAUUCCAGUUGGUGUACGAUUAUAAAGAAGAAUCCAAGGCAUGGAUCAGGGGCGGAUAUGUUGAGCUUGCUGGUGAUCGACCAGCGGCUGGGUUGUACCAAGAGCUUGGUUUGCAUCUCCAACGGAACUCCUUUCGGUUGGGUGCGCAAAAGAAGGCUCCUCGGGCUCGUCGGACUAAGCAGCCUCCUCCUCUUCCUCGUCCACUAACGAAGAAACAACAUCAAAAUGAGCUAGCACGUAUUAGGAAAGCUAGAAAGAACGAAAAUAACCCGCUCUUCAAACAGCGAGGUCCACGAGUCUAG